AUGCCACUGUGCAGCUAUGGUGAGCAUGUAGAAACUGUCAAUGUCCCUGAUGAUGAAACGACGGUCACAUGGAUGGACAUCAAGGACCUAACUGAGAUAUCUGUAAUCACGCUGAUUAUGUGCUCCAAACACCUCAUUGCUGCGAUAGUUGCUAUUAGUGGCCUUGGUACAAUUGCACUAUGCAGGCCAGGGGAUGCUGCAUGGUCAGUGAGUGCACAUGAGCAGUGCAUGUGGCUCUCAGAUAUGGUCUUCUUCCAAGGGAAGCUCUAUGCUAUUGACACCAAUGAGGACCUUUCCAUUGACAUUGUGGAUGAGCUUGACAAUGAUAGGCCAAGGGUAUCUCAUAUUGAUCGCAUCAUUGAGGGAGAAACCCAGCCACCCCAAAGCUAUCCCAAGUCUAUGCUCUGCCUCUUUGAAUCCCAUGGGACAUUGCUGAUGGUAAGAUGGACAAGUUGCGAACAACAGAGGAACACCUUCAGGAGCUUGGGGAACCCCUACGACGCCUCUAUGCUGAUGGAUCUGUGCUUCCCAGAACUCACCGCCAAAAAGAAAGAAUCCCUGAAACAUGUGAUUUGUGAACCCUUUGAUAUGGACUGGGUCAUUGACUCACUGGGAUCAUUCUUUGUAUGA